AUUUCAGGCUCAGAGACAGAAGGCCGGAAACGCCGGCGACGAUCGGCUGCUGUUGCAGCUAGCUGCAGGCGGGUCCGCUUCCAUCUCCAGCCGGGCGGAACGCGGAGCUCGCCACUGUCACUGCGGGCUGAAACGCCAUGGCCAAGUGGGGACAUGGGGAUCCGCGCUGGAUCGUGGAGGAGAGGGCUGAUGGGACCAACGUGAACAACUGGCACUGGACAGAGCGGGACGCAACCAACUGGUCAAAGGGGAAGCUGCGGGAGCUCCUGGUGGGGGUCGUGGUGGAGAAUGAGGUUGGCAGCUGUGAGAUCGGUGACCUGAAGCAGGUGGAAGGGGAGGCCUCCUGCAGCAGCCGCAAGGGAAAGCUGAUUUUCUUCUAUGAAUGGAACAUCAAACUGAGCUGGAAAGAUGCACUAGAGCUGGAUGCUGAGAAGAUAGAAGAGCUGGAGAUUGUGGGAACACAACAUAUGUUUGGUAUAAUCAAGGAAUCUGGUGCAAAGCAUAGAGGAUCAGUUGAAAUACCUCACCUCUCUGAAGAAAAUGAAGUGGAUGAUACAGAGAUAAAUGUGAGUAAAAAGAAAGGAGACGGAGAUUCACUGAAAGAGCUUAUGAAAACUGCAGGGGUGGCCAAGGUCAGAGAAGCCCUUGAAAAUUACCUGAAAGCCCUGAAGACAGAAUUUACAACAGGAAUGAUUUUACCAACAAAAAUUGCACCUACUCGAGAACUGACUGCAAAAAGGAAAUUGAGUGAACAUACUUUUCAGGAUUCAAUGUCUCCAAUGGCUCUGGAAGCAGUAGGUGUGAGGAUUCCCACAGUGACAAUAUAUAUGAGGGAAAUGUUUGACGCAGCAGUAGAAGAGCUAUAUAGCAUCUUCACCACUAAGGAUUUGGUGCAAAAGUUUUCUAAAUCUUCUGCUGUGAUAAAAGCUGAAAAAGGAGGCAAAUUCCAGAUGUUUGAUGGGAAUGUUACUGGUGAAUACCUAGAACUGUUAUCCAAUCAAAGGAUUGUUAUGAAGUGGCGAUGUAAGAGCUGGCCAGAGGAACACUAUGCAACUGUUGCUCUGAAUUUUGUGCCUGUGGUAAGACAAACAGAGUUAAAGCUAACCUGCAAAGGAGUUCCAGUUUGUAAAGAAGAAAGCAUGAGACAGUGCUGGGAGAAGCAGCAUUUUGAAGAAAUAAAGAGGUUUACUGUAGCUUUUGGCAACCCUGAACAGUUGGAUUAGCUAGAAGACAUUUUAUAAUGGUAUUAUACUUUUUUUAUAAGUGGGGAAAAAAGUUCAUUCUUCACUAAACUUCCUUUUUUUCCCCCUUUUUUAAAAAAAAUACAAAACCCUUAAUUUAUUUUGUGCUAGCAUAAUUUUAAGUGUUAUUUAUGAGUCUUCACUGUGAACAAGAUUAUGGAUCUAGAGCUAAAAGCUGUGAGCAAUUUAAAAUAAAACAGUCAUCUUUGUCUAAUUACCUUAGCUGUUAAAACUCUGGGACUGAACUGGUAGUUUUGAACACUGGGUUAGUAGUCCAAGUUUCCUAAUCUAAAGCUUAGGCCAUCAGCUCAAGCCUAUAAGAUAGUAUAAAUCAAAGUUUUUGUUUUUUUUUCCCCCAGGGAGUUUGGGGUAAUAAUUCUAUGUAGUAAAGGGCAUGUUUCAACCAAAGCAAGACUAACCUGGGUAAGGCACUUGUUCUUCUAAAUUCUCUGGGCCCCUCAGCAGAGAAAAGAACAUGUAAUUCUGGGUGGCAAUGGGGACACCUGGUCUACAGGUAAGGGGAAAUAAUUGCACUUAUUUAGCAGCCUUGAAAGGAUCUGAGAAUGAAAAGCCUUGCUUUUUAAAUCGAAUUUUCUACCUUUAAUACAAUUAAAUGAAACAUAAUAGAUUCCCUCCCUUCCCUCCCUAGUUCCCCUGACCCAAUUUAUUUACCUGAAAAAUCUGAAGACUGAAGCAACUUAAGUAAACAAAUGAAAAGUCAUCACAAUCAGUUUAAUGAAGUGCACAGAAUAGCAUCGGUCAUGUCAAUAAAAAUAAAACAAUUAUUUUUACAUCAAGUGUGCUUUAUUUCCUCCACAGGUAUUCUGUUAAAUAAAGCACCAUAUAUAUACUGCCAGGCCACAGCUAAAGAGGAUUCUUUACAGAAUCAAAUUUCUUGUGGUUGUUUCGUAUACAAGUAAACUUAAUUUUGAU